GGGGGUGGCAGUGGUACAGUCCAGGUAAAGCGCGUAGAGUCUGAUUAGAGAGCACGCGCGUGGCUAGACAGUAGUUCCUGGAAGCAUUUCCCGGGAAUUUGGGAACAGAAACGCUGAGCGGAUAUUUUGUUGAAAUGAAAAAGAAAUUUGGAGAAAGAUUUAGGAACCGCCCAUCCAUCCAUGCGGCUGCAGGAGAGAAGACAUGCUAGCUGCAGCGACACGGAACUCCUGGAAACUGCAGGAUUCAACUCAUCUUGAUGUUUUUGAGUUUACUUUGCAAGACCAGAAAGGAAAGAAAAAUCCAGACUCCAUGUUCCUCAGCGACAGCCCAGAAGUCUGACGCUCUAGAGAAGAUCUGUGAGGAGGAGUGGGCCAAAACCCCUGUAGUGUCUGCAAACCUGCAUGCAACGCUGCAGAAGUGACAUGAAAGUCCAGGAAUCGUUGGUUUGGCAGCUAGAGAGGAAGAUUUCAGUGAGAGGCAAUCAGAGCGAAAAGCCUUCAGUCUGACUCAUCGUUCAAUUAAAACUUUUGAGUCGAGUCUUCAGAGAUGGUGGCAUCCGUGUGGAGGAGAUUAGAAGCUGUUGCUGAAGUCGCGGCAUCUCCUAAUUCAAGUCAGACAAAAGCUGGAGGAAGACCUCUGCUUCCUCACUCUCUAAGCAGAGAGAAGAUGUGGAGCAGGAGACGGGCGAGGACGCGUGGAGAUCAGCAGGAUUCCAGAUGAGUCCACUUCAGCCCAAACUGAGGCUGGAAAAAUCUUCAAUCUCCAGUUGCUGCUGAUCCAGCAGAGCAACAGGAAGUUCAGAGACGACCACGUUCUGAUGGGUUCCUGCUUAACUUCAUGAAAUUCUUCCAUCUAUCAGGAGAUUCUCCUUGUUUUCAUGUAUUCCCCGCCUUACGUCCUCCAUCCUUCCAGGCGUUCCUGCUCCGAGGAUGAUGGGAGAUGCAGCUGGAUGUGACUCCCCCUCCACGCUCUCCCUCUCCUCCCUCCCCGGCGCUGAUGGGAGGUAGAGGAGGACGUCUCAUUUAGUUUCUAACUGUUGCGGCGCCGGCUGCAGCCUCUCGCUCACGGAGAGAAACCCACGGCGGAUCUGACGGAGCAGCUUUGGAAGAAGAGAUCAAGAGGAGGAGGUUGUUGUUGUUGUUUGUGUGAAGUUCAGAGAUGGAGCCGCCAGCUGAGAUGGAAAACACAUGAGAACGGUGUGGAGGAAUGCUGGGAAGGAAAGUUUGUGGAUUUUUCUGAGACGAUUCUUGUUAUUUUGGGGGAAAAGAGCUGAGAGGUGAGAUUUGAAAUUCAUUUUCACCUAAAAUCCUACAUUUUCCUCAGUUUUCUGUAGGUUUGUUUGUACAUUUCCAGUGGUUGUGACCUUUAAAAACGCCCUCUCUUCCUGAUCGAUUCCAUAGGAAUGGAGGAUCAAUGGAAAUGUCAUGAGCUUUUAGAGGAGCAUGUUUGGUUUAUCCUCCUGCUUCAUGACAACACUGACAGAAUCUAAACCUUCUUUUAGUGUUUGUUGCUCAUGAAAGCGUAAAAAUAUCCUUUUCUCAUCGCUGACCUUUAGUCUGACGGUAACAUCUGUUUCCAAAUGUCACCGUCCUGUUUGAAGCCCGCAGGUGAGAGAAGCAUGGCAGCCAUCAACCCUUCACCCCGGCACUUCUUCCUCUUCUUCGUCGUCUCCCACCUGGUCUCCCCUCCGGCUCUGGCUCAGGACGACUCCGCCUCCUCCAAGGUGGCGGUGACGAAGGGCGGCUCCUUCGCCGUCCCCACCAAACUGAACAACCAGACCGCCGAGGAGACCACGCAGAGCUCGCCCCCGGAGACGGGACUCUCCACUCCCAGCAGCGGAGGGGACGCGGACGACGAGGACCUGCCCCCCGCCGGCGGCACGCGCUGCCAGGGUUACUACGACGUGAUGGGCCAAUGGGAUCCGCCGUUCAACUGCAACGCCGGCGUCUUCCUGUACUGCUGCGGGACCUGCUUCUACCGCUUCUGCUGCCAGUUCCGGCAGCAGAGGCUGGACCAGACCAUCUGCUCCAACUACGACUCGCCCAUCUGGGCCAACACCGGCAAGCCGGUGGCCACCAUCACGGAGGGCCAGGCGGACCAGGACCGGGACCGCACUCACCUCAUCGUGUACAUCAUCUGCGGGGUGGUGGCCGUCAUGGUGCUGGUGGGCAUCUUCACCAAACUGGCCGUGGAAAAGACCCGCGGAGGGAGUGGCCGGGGGGCGGGGCCUGCUCAGCCUGACCUCAACACCAGGACGCUCACAGACCUCCUGAAGCAGCGAGGAAGUGACGCCAGCUCCAUGGAGAACACCGUGACCGGCUCGCCCGGCGGCGGCGGCGGCAGACGGGCCAACGGCGUUUCGUCCAGGAUGCUGCGCAGCAGAAGUGAACAGUACCAGCUGAACAACUCGGCGUACGGGCUGGCAGGACCAGGGCUUCCACAUCCUCAGAGCAACCACAGCACCCUGGGGCUGAACAAGUACGCCUCCCUCAAAGCUGUGGCCGAGACUGCGUCCCGCAGCCACUACAAGAGCUUCCCGGUCAUGGACUUCUCCCAGUACCAGCACGCUCCCGCCUUCCAGCCCGUGCAGCCCAAAGAGAAGUCCUACAUCCACCAGCCGUUACCGGCGCACGCCGACAUCCACGGCCCGCUCUCCAUCUCCAUCCCCCCCAGCAACCUGGAGCAGUGCCGCCUCCCCAAGACCGUCACGCACCCCUUCAUCUCCAGCUCCGCCUUCAAAGCCUGGGAGGCCACGGACCGCCACGUCCACCGGCAGACCUCCGUCCCCGCCAACAACUCCACGGCGCUGCACGGCUCCCGGAGACACGGCUACUCCACGCGGAGGCAGCGCAGCAUCGAGGACAUGCCGGAGGUCUUCAACCAGCCGUACGGCGCCGCCUACAGAGGGGGCGGGCACGGCCAGCAGCAGCCGUCGUACAACCGCAACGCCAGGCAGAAGAGCUACUCCACCCACAGCGCCACCGAGGUGACCGUGUGAGCGGCGCCGGGCCUCAUCCAUGAGACUCCCGUCCUCCUCAAAGGUCACACGGGCUUCACACUCCACCACAGCAGCUCCACGCCCGCAGACGUGGCGGUGGAGGCGGUACGCCACGUUCACGGGACGGGACGAAUCCUUUCUGCGAGCUUUGAGCGGACGGCCCAAAAAGUCAACAUUUUCUGACGACAGAUUCUACGGUGAUUUCUAAAUAGAUCGAAGGAAUCUUCAGAUUUUAGAGCAAAACGUUAAAACAUCUUCAGUCACUAAGUUUGAUCACAUUUUUACAGAUUCAUUUGGCAAAACACACUAAAAUGAGUCAUUUUGAGUAAACAAAGGCUCUCAAAACAGCUUCAUCUUCCGCUUUGUUAAAUACAGUUUCAUGUUUUAGCAAAAAAAAACACAAACUCCACCUUUCUAGUUUUUCUAAAAAGAGAAUUAAACUUUAUUUGCAGCUUAUUUUUAAAUCGAAUUUAGCCUCAGUGUCAACAAAUCAAACAUUUUAGACCAGAAAUACUUGAAAGAAUAAAAUCUGUGGAUCAUUUUUACCUUUAAUGUUUUGACACAGGUGAGGGAACAAUAAAGUUUUAUUCAAACUC